AUGCCACCCAAAAGCACCAACACGCAGCAAAAGGGCAAGCAGUCCAAAGGUGGCUCUUCUUCCACCUCCAGCAAAGCCGGUCCCACCUGGGUAGCACCGAAAGCAAUCACGCAUCCCGAACACCACCACACGCUCAACCACCUCCACCAGGUGGCCUCGUACUAUGGCAUACUCUCAGCCUCGGCUCCCGCGGCGUCGUCGAGCGACCCAGCAUGUCGGCUGCAGGGAGAGAUGGUGCGUUCCGCCAAGUCGCUCUCCCGCAAAGUGGUGAUCCGGAUGGACACGGGCGUCAAGAGGGGGUCGUGUCCCAAAUGCGAUACCGUUUGGGUGGAAGGGCUGACAGUGAGCGUAAGGAGCAGGGUCAGUGGGCCUCAUGAUCAUGUGCUCAAGUGGAGGUGCGGGUGCUGUGGCACGGUUGCUAGACGGCCUGCGCCCGAUCUGGUGCCAGAGUUGAAAGGGGAAAAGGCGGAAGCGGAAGAGGAAGGGAAGGGCAAGAAGAGGGAUCGCGGGCAGGAGGUGAUUGGGGAGCAGCCGAAAGUGAAGAGAGUGCCACAGAGGCAAAGACGACGGACAGCGUCCAUCAAGAAGCAGCUCUCGCGAGAGGCAGAAGCCAGCGAUGCGAAAGCGGGACUUCCGCAGGACGUCUCCGAAGCAGCAUUGGCGAACCCGUUAACGAAUCCUCCCAAGGCAAAGCUAUCGAGAAAGCAAGUCAAGCAGCAACGGGCUGCACGGCUGGCAAAGCGCGCUUCGUCAACCUCGUCCACGAUCGCUGCCUCGUCAGAUCCAAUCGACUCAGCAAGCCAAGCUGAGGCGAAGGCAGAUACCGUGCCGGCUCAAGCGGCCGUUCCAGACUCGCCCUGCGAGCCAACGAUCUCAGCACCGGAUCCACCGACAGCGCAAUCGGCCCUGAAGUCCCCAGAAAGGAAGCUCAGAGCGCCCCGCCCGCACUUACCGCACUUCAACGACCGCGUCCAGGGCUCGCACUGGGACGACACCUUCACCAAGCUCGAAGCGCAGAUCUCAGCGCAGCCGUCUGAGCAUACAACACCUUACGCCGGACAAGCGCUGCAAUACUGGCAAAAGGCAGCCCGCUCAAGGGGCGAUCACCUGGUCGUCACGGGUGUCGGCAAGAAUGGCGCCCUCGGUCCGAGUCUUUCCUAG